AUGUUUCUCGGAUAUGCAGAAAACACAAAAGGGUAUCGCGUUUUUGACAUGGAGCAUUCCAAUAUAAAGGUGGCACGGUCGAUACGGCUCGAUGAGCGUGAAGUGGGCAGCAUAUACACCACAGAUUCUCCACAGCAUGGUACGAUCACCUACGUGACCAAGUAUGAUACUGACACGGAUAUUAAGUUCAGCGGUCGAAAGCGACCUGCUACAGACGAUCCCGUGGAAGGCGUCGAGAAUCAAGCUCCCGAUAUUGAGAUGACUGAGACCGAGCCAGCGCAAGAGGUCACACUGCUCCAACUGCCAUCGCCUCCCAGUCCGACAACAACAGGCAUGGAGCUGGCACCUUACCACCCUCCACCCCAAGAUGUGAAUGAAGACAGGCUUGUGUUUCACGCGGAACCAGGUCGGACAAGACGGUCAAGAGAGCCUGUGUUUCUUCUUGAGGAUGGUUUCAGCAAUGACGAAGAGCAGAAGGUGGAAGAGAGUGACAGGCCACCAAGUGCGAAGCGAGCCAGAAUCGACGAGGAAGGACUUAUUGCAGAAGCCGUGCUAGCUUACGCUGCUAAUGUGGGUGAGGCAGAUGAUGCCCCCACCACGUAUCAGCAAGCCAUGAACAGCGAAGAUGCUCCGAAAUGGGUGAAGGCGAUUUACGACAAGAAUGAACCGACAAACGGGAUCAAUUCUUCCAACAUAUUAGUGAAACAGCAACUACUACCUGUGGGUGAUGUUGCCACGAUAAAUUACUUUCAGGUGCUGCAGUCAAGGGUCUCUUUCGGAGUAGAAAUCGUGGUCACGAAAAAGGGGUAUGGAUCUUGCUACCAAUUGAUUCCUGUCGAUAUGAAGCACUCACUGGAAAACAAAAUGUCAGCUGGAUCUAUUUUUUUCGUCGAGAUGCACACACAAAGAUCAACAAAAUCAUCACAAGCGUGUCAAAAUUUUGAAGUGUUAAAAAUUAAUGUUGAACGACGAGUACACUGCCCAGCUCAAUAUUUUCCUUAA